UGAAAGAAGCUUGGAUUCAUGUGGGGUUUGGUGCAAGUUGACCCCCCAGUUGAGGAAGCCAAGCUCUUCCAAAUUCCAACCUUAAAUUAUCAAUACACGUUUCCCCUCCCUUUAUCUCUUCUCCAACUCUAAUCCUUCCUUCCUAGGAGUUGAUGGCAGUCCAACAUAUUGCUUCCCCUCCACAGUCUCCAUCUUUCCAUGGUAGUAGCCACCAUGGCUCCCAACAACACAGCCACCAUGGGAUCUUUACCUUGAAUUCCACCAUACUUAUUGCUGCACCCAUUGUUGUAGUUUUAGUACUACUUGUGGCCUUCUCACUUCUGCUAAUAUUUCAUCGAGCAAAGACUAAGAAGAACAGUUGCAACAGCAGCACCUGCAAUAGCAGCUUCAGAAAGAACAGUUUUGACAGGAAGCAGCUUUCAAAGUGUGGUUUUCACAUCAAUGCCAACGCCAUCGGUUAUAGCCCGGAUGUUAGGAGUUGCAUUUAUGGUGGGAGGUUGGGAUUUCCAUUGCAAGAUAGGAAAAAAGGAGCACAGGUUUUCACCUAUAAGGAGCUUGAGUUGGCCACAGAUGGAUUCAGUGAGGGCAAUGCCAUUGGGAAUGGGGGGUUUGGGGUGGUGUACAGAGGAACUUUGAGUGAUGGGACUAUUGCAGCGAUCAAGCUGUUGCAUAGAGAGGGAAAGCAGGGGGAGAGGGAAUUCAGGAUGGAGGUCGAUCUUUUAAGCGGAUUAAACUCCAGAUACUUGGUUGGGCUACUUGGUUACUGUGCCGACCAACACCACCGGCUCCUUGUGUUUGAAUUCAUGAGUAAUGGCAGCCUACAGCAGCACCUCCACCUAACUUUAAAAAACAAGAAUCACCGGCCUCUUGAUUGGUGGACCAGGCUGAGGAUUGCCUUGGACUGUGCUCGAGGCCUUGAGUUCCUCCAUGAGCACACAAUGCCAGCAGUUAUUCACAGGGAUUUCAAAUGCAGCAACAUCUUAUUGGACCAAAAUUAUAGAGCCAAGGUCUCUGAUUUCGGCAUGGCCAAAGUAGGCUCUGAUAAGAUUAAUGGUCAGGUCCUGACCCGUGUCCUGGGGACUUCUGGAUAUGUCGCACCUGAGUAUGCAUCAACCGGCAAGUUGACUACAAAAUCAGAUGUUUACAGUUAUGGUGUGGUGCUGCUUGAGCUUCUGACUGGCCGUGUACCGGUUGAUACAACAAGGCCUCCUGGAGAACAUGUUCUUGUCUCAUGGGCUCUUCCUCGACUUACCAACCGAGAGAAAGUUGUGGAAAUGGUGGAUCCAGCUCUGCAAGGCCAAUUUUCAAAGAAAGAGCUAAUUCAGAUUGCUGCAAUCGCGGCUGUUUGUGUGCAAUCAGAAGCUGAAUACCGGCCUCUUAUGGUGGAUGUGGUUCAAUCUUUAAUCCCUCUCGUGAAAAACCCGGCCACAUCUUGCCCAACUACUCCUUCAAGAUAUCACCAUCAAAUUGCCAUUCCUAUAUCAUAAUCCAGAUUGAAUUACCAUUGGCGUUUGUACAUGUGAAUCCUUGUGAGAUAACUGCACACUGUAAGAGCAAUAAAAAACAAAAGAAAAAGAAAAAUCCAACCAUGAUGUAUGUAGCACUUGCGACUAUAUCUUUUUUAUUUUUUGAUCUAAUCUAGGAUUCCAUGUAUCAUAUGCGAAAAAUGGAUAACAAUUUGAGGAGUUGAAGUUUA